AUGUCUGAAUCAAUAAAGUUAAAAUCCGAUAGCAACUUUGAUGUAAAAAUAAUCGUAGGAAGUGAAUCAAACAUUAAAGAAUUCAAUGCACAUUCAAUAGUUUUACGUUCUUGCUCUCUUUAUUUUCAAAGGGCUCUAUCAGAACGAUGGAAGAAUCAAAAACAUGGCGUUUAUAUUAUUACAAAGCCAAAUAUUCAUCCUAAUAUUUUUAUGUUAAUUCUUGACUACAUUUAUGCAGGAAACAAUAUAUUGCAUACAUCAGCUGAAGAUUCUUUAAAUAUAUUAGCUGCAUCUGAUGAGCUUGAACUUCUUGAUCUUGCUGAAUGUGCUCAAAAGCACUUAAUUAGAAAGUUUACUCCAUGGUUAUUCUCUAAUCUUAUAAUAUCACUUAAUAUUGAUCAUUUCAUAGCAUUAAAAGAAACUAUUUCUCGCUGCAUUCCUUUAAUUCGUUAUCAUUAUAUUCCUAAAGAUUAUAUUAACAAACAAAUUAAACUUUACCACUUGGACUCUAAUGCAUUUAUUAAAUCCAAAACCCCUCAAAGAAGAUCGAAUUCUAAUGAAUUUCUUAGUAAAACUCUCUCAUUUAUUUUUUCAAAAAAACCUUAUUUUUCAAUAGAGAAGAAACCAUAUUUUAGUAAAACUUCAAAUAGUUUCAUUUUUUCAUUUACCAAUCAAUCAAAUCCAGUACUAAGUAGAAUAAUACCUAAAAGAAUCAAUGAGGCUAUUUGGAAUAGUGAAUCAUGUGGACCUUCCUUUGGACAAUCAGAUCUAUGCAUGAAAGAUUCAAAUUAUUGGACUAGUAAUUGGGAAUUUUAUGAAAAUAAAAUAACUAAUUCACACCCGUUAAUUGCUGAAGAAUAUGAAGUAUUGGUAUUUGAUAGUUAUAAUCCAACGAUGAAUAAUAUAUUUUUACAAAUUUUGGAAACAACCAAA